CGCUGUCAGUCACUAGCUGAGGGAAAAAAAGGGGGAAUGGACGCAGAGACGCUCAGCAUCUGUACCAAACGAUGAAGGUUGUGUCAGAUUCAACGGUUUUUGCUUAAAAAUAAAGAAAAAGAAUAGCUACUGUCAUCAUGUAUGGUUUUGUGAAUCACGCCUUGGAGCUCCUCGUUUUAAGGAAUUACGGCCCGGAAGUGUGGGAAGACAUCAAGAGGGAGGCUCAGCUUGAUAUUGAGGGUCAGUUCCUGGUUAGAAUCAUAUAUGAAGAUGGCAAAACAUACGAUCUAGUUGCUGCUGCAAGCAAAGUUCUCAAGAUCGAUGCAGGAGACAUCUUGCAGAUGUUUGGGAAGAUGUUUUUUGAAUUUUGCCAAGAGUCGGGAUAUGACACCAUCUUGCGAGUGUUAGGAUCAAAUGUCCGUGAAUUCCUGCAGAAUCUGGAUGCUCUACAUGACCACCUGGGCACCAUUUAUCCCGGGAUGAGGGCUCCCUCAUUCCGCUGCACCGAUGCAGAGAAGGGGAACAAUCUGAUUCUUCACUACUACUCGGAGAGAGAAGGCCUGCAAGACAUUGUGAUUGGCAUCAUUAAAACCGUCGCUCAACAAAUCCACGGAACAGAGAUAGAGAUGAAGAUGAUCCAACCGAAAAGCGAGGAGUGCGACCACAUCAAGUUUCUGAUUGAGGAGAAGGACUCGGAGGAAGAGGCGUUCUACGAGGACCUGGAUGGCUUUGAGGAGAACGGGACACAGGAGACUCGGAUCAGCCCGUACACGUUUUGCAAGGCCUUCCCGUUCCACCUCAUGUUUGACAAAGACCUGAUGCUCACACAGUGUGGGAACGCCAUUUAUCGAGUCCUGCCUCAGCUCCAACCUGGUACCUGUAUCCUCCCUUCAGUUUUUUCUUUGGUCCGUCCUCACAUUGACUUCAGUUUUCAUGGCAUCCUCUCCCACAUCAACACCGUCUUCGUUCUGCGAAGCAAGGAAGGCCUGCUGAAUGUGGAGACCGUAGAGAACGAGGACGACCUGACGGGGGUGGAGAUCAGCUGUCUGAGAUUGAAAGGACAGAUGAUUUACUUGCCAGAGGCGGAGAACAUCCUUUUUCUUUGCUCACCCAGUGUUAUGAACCUGGAUGAUCUCACACGAAGGGGGCUGUACCUGAGUGAUAUCCCGCUACAUGACGCCACGCGUGACCUGGUGCUGCUGGGCGAGCAGUUUCGUGAGGAGUACAAGCUGACCCAAGAGCUGGAAAUCUUGACAGAUCGUCUGCAGCACACACUCCGGGCCCUGGAGGACGAGAAGAAAAAGACAGACAGAUUGCUCUAUUCCGUUCUGCCGCCAUCUGUUGCCAACGAGCUGCGACACAAACGGCCUGUCCCGGCAAAACGCUACGACAACCUGACCAUCCUCUUCAGUGGCAUCGUAGGAUUCAAUGCCUUCUGCAGCAAGCACGCCUCAGCCGAGGGAGCCAUCAAGAUAGUCAACCUGCUCAAUGAUGUUUACACACGUUUUGACAUCUUGACAGACUCUCGGAAUAACCCUUAUGUAUACAAGGUGGAAACAGUGGGUGAUAAGUACAUGACAGUGAGUGGCCUACCAGAGCCAUGCACACACCACGCCAAGUCAAUCUGCCACCUCGCUCUUGAUAUGCUGGAGAUUGCAGGACAAGUCAAAGUGGAUGAUGAACCAGUACAGAUUACUAUUGGAAUCCACACAGGAGAAGUUGUGACUGGGGUGAUUGGCCAGAGGAUGCCCAGGUAUUGCCUUUUUGGAAAUACGGUCAACCUCACAAGUCGUACAGAAACUACUGGUGAAAAGGGGAAAAUAAAUGUCUCAGAAUAUACUUACCGGUGUUUGCAGUCUACUGAGAAUGCUGACCCUCAGUUUCAUUUGGAGUAUCGGGGCCCCAUCACCAUGAAAGGAAAGAAGGAACCGAUGAAGGUGUGGUUUCUGUCCAGGAAUCCCACUGACACCACAGUUAAAGCUUAACAAAUCACAUUCAACACUAAAACACCAUGAGUGUCAUCUAACAGAGGCUUCAGUAUUCCUUUAUAAUUACACAAAUCUUGAGGCAGGGAUGAGAUGGAUCAGAUGAAGUAAAAAAUUAUUAUCUAUCCACAGACAUGCAGAUAUUUUUAAUAUGAUGAAUAGCUGUUUCGAAGUGAAUCUGAACCUGUACCGUUGCUCUCCCUGCUUGUUUCUGCUUGACCAUGAUCUGUCAUGACCUCACUAUAUUUUUUUUAGCGUAGACACAAUAGUGAAGUGUUACAUGAAUAGUAAGGCUAGUGAUACAGUAUAUGGUACAUUCAAGUUUGAUACAUUUUUGGACAGAAUAUUCUCACAUUAUUAUUGUACAUAAUAUCACUAAAGGUUUUGAUAAGCAAAACAUUUUUCCAUCUAUCUUAAAUGUUUUUAGCUGCUAAUUUUGUCAUAUACUGUUUUUGUUCUCAAGUCUGCCAAAAAUAUAGAGAAUUUAUAGUCUCUAUCAGCCUAAAUAACUAAUUUCACUUUAGAUUAAUAAAAUGUGUUUUAAUCAUUGUAAUUUUCACUUCUAAGGGUGAUAAUGACAAAAUCUUGAUUUAAAGAGAAAUAUUUGACUUAUGAGUGUAUUAAAAAAAUUAUACUAUAGCUUGAUGUCACGUUACUGUCACUAUUUGAAGAUUAUAGCUGUUGUAUUUAUAUAGAUUUAUAUUACCAUGUUCACCAGUUCUUUAACACAAAAGCUACUGUGCUAACUAGAUUCAUAUAUUACAAUUCAAAGAUGUAUUUCAUAUUUAGUUAUUUUUUUAAAGUCGCAAAUGAUACACGUUGAGCCAUUGGUAAACCUGUAUUAUCAUGUGUCACUGUAUCACAUGUCACUGAAUUAUUUUAAUAAUUAUAAAAAAAAACAAAAUUAAAAAUGAGCACUACACACUACUUUAUUUAAUAUAUUUAUUGCACCUCUCUACUUAUCACACAUUCACUUUUUGUCUGCUUCUAUGAUAUAAUAUUGAGUACUAGUCUACACAUUUAUUGUUAACAGUAUGUUAUUUGGUAUUUAUUCUUUUUUCAUUAUAAAAUGUAAUUAUGACCUUUAAAAAAACAGAAUAUACAUAACAAAAAACAAGAAAACCUUUAUUUAUAGAUGAAACCAGAUCAACCAUGCAGCUUCCUGUGUAAGAAACAAACAGGUGCCUCUUGUACUGUAUGAGUGCAUUUCUGUCCUUGUAAGACAUGAUUGUUUUAUUUUAACUGUUUCUGUUGAGAGGUAACUAAUAAAAUAGUCUUGAGAA